AAUACACAUGGUGUUUAGGUUUACUGUUUUGUGUAAAAUUAAAAAUUCUUUUUAAUAAAAAGAUUAUGAUAAAAGAAACAAGCCGCUCUAGUUGCGCCUUACUUUGUUGCCUUAGUACCUUCCACAGAACCACAGUAGACAGAAUAUAAUCUACUUAUGACUUUCUAUAUUUUUGAUUUGGUACUGUUAUAUCUAAUAUUUGUAUAAUGAAGAAGAAUAAAGGAAUAAAACGUGCACCUAUAAAUUCACGUAAAACUCAACGCAAGGAAAAACGGAAACUUAAAAAGAUACAUAGGCAAGAACACUAUUUAAAAAAGAAAAAUGAGACAUCCUCUAUUGGAAGAUUUGUUAUGCGACCAGAAGAAAAUAAUGACUCUGUUGCAGUACAUAAGAAGAGGAAACCCAAACAACAAACAACUAUUCAUGAAAUUAUUAACAAUGAAAGAAAAAAGGAAUUAAAUCAAACUGAAAAACUGAAAUUGCAAAUGGAUGAGCAGAGAAAGAAAAUAUUCCUUAAAGCAAAUGAGGACGAAGACAAGAUGAUUAAAAAAUUAGAAAAGCAGCUUGGUCUUAAUAAGUCAAAAAAUAAAAAUAAUUAUUUUGCUGAUGAUGGCCUUGACUAUCUUUUAGAAAUAUGUGAUAGAGCAACAUCUGAACAAAUUGUGGCAGCAGAAAAACACUUAGCUGAUGUAGAAAAGGAUUCAGAUUUUGAAGAAGACUUAGCAGCUGUUACAGGCAAAGAAUUAGUUAAAAGUAAAAAAUCAAAGAAAAAUAUUGAAGAAAGUUAUAUUGAUGAAGCAUCAGAUGAUGAUUUAAGUAAUGAAUCAGAAGAUGAAAGUGAUAGCAAUAGGGAGGAGAGUGAUCAAAAUAGUGAAAUAGAUGAAUCCAAUGAAAAUGAUUCUGACAGCCAAAAUUCAGACACAGAUAUUAAAAAACCAAUUAGUAUUAGAAGACAGAUAAAUGAAGAUGAUGAAAUAGAUGAAGAAGAUGGUUAUGAGUCCAAAGAUUCUGUAAGCAACCACAAUAUUAUUCAGAACCAGAAGAAAAUUGUCAAUAGUCAAGCUAAAAAAUUAAAAGACAAGCAAUCUUUGUCUAAUAAAAAAAUUAAAAUAGUGUCUGAAGAUGAUGUAGGUAAUGUUUUCAGUGAUGAUGAAAUAUCGCAUUUGUCUGGUGAUGACACAGAUUUGGAUAGUGACGUCAUGGAUGGUGAUGAUGAUGGUAAGGAAACAGAGAAAAGUAAAGAAAAGCCAGAUAUUUGGGAAGAUAUAUAUGGUAGAAAACGAGACAAAGAUGGUAAUGUUAUUAAGGAAGAGAAGGGUGUCUACAUUCCACCACAUCUGAGGAACAAGGACACCGGUUCUGACAAGGAGCUAGCUCAGCUGAAACGACAAAUAAAAAGUGUACUGAAUAAAUUGGCUGGCACGAACUUGCACUGGGCUUGCACAUCCAUAGAGAAUCUGUACCAGAGCAACAGCCGUAAUUCCGUCAACUCUGCGCUAACUCAGCUGUGGUUGGAAGCCACGGUCGGCGUAGCCAGCACACCAGACAGGCUGAUAGCCGAGCACGCCGCCCUCGUGUCAGUAUUGCACGCUAAUGUUGGAUCAGAGAUUGGGGCGCAUUUUCUUGAGGUGUUAUCGAAGCAGUUCGAUGAAUUGGUGCGGGAUUCACAACCAAUGGAAGACAAACAUUUGGACAACCUGGUGUCCUGCCUGGCGCAUCUGUACGGGUUUAAGAUAUACCACCCCAGCCUGCUGUACGACAUCCUGUCAGAGCUGACCAGUGAUCUAACGGAGAAGCACAUAGACUGCGUGUUGCGGGCGCUGCGAGCAGUCGGAGGAACUCUGCGGAAGGAGGAACCGACGGCUCUCAAGAACUUCAUACACGACACGCAGACUAAGAUCACCGGCUUGAACGAACAUACAGAUACUGGGUCACGCGUAAAGUUUCUGGCAGAAGUCUUGCUGGCUGUGAAGAACAACAAUCUGAGCAAGAUACCGGGCUACGACCCCAGCUACCUGGAGCAGCUGAAGAAGACCAGCAGGGGAGUAGUGCGGCGAGGCAACUACGUCACGCCGCUCAACAUUCGGCUACAUGACCUGUUGCUAGCGCACGAGCGUGGUAAGUGGUGGGUGGUUGGGUCGGCCUGGGAGGGGGGCCGGGAGCAGCGCGCGGACAAGACAGUGCCGGCUCACGAUCACAAGCUGCUGGAACUGGCUCGCCAGCAGAGGAUGAACACGGACAUGAGGAGGAACAUCUUCUGUAUUAUAAUGUCCGCUGAGGACUAUAUGGACGCAUUUGAGAAGCUCCAACACCUAGGUCUCCGCGGACAACAGGAGAGGGAGAUAGUCCACGUGCUGAUGGCGUGCUGUUUGCAGGAGAAGAAGUACAACCCUUACUACGCGGUGCUGGGACAGAAGCUGUGCGACACUGACAGAAAGUAUCAGUUGUCGAUCCAGUACUCGGUGUGGGACAAAAUAAAAGAGAUGGAUUCGAUGCCCAAACAGUGCAUGAACAACUUGGCGCAGUUCCUGAUACAUCUGAUUAUGGAAAAAGGACUGCCGCUGUCUGUUUUGAAGAUAAUACAAUUCUCGGAUCUUAACAAGCGUACAGUGCGGUUUAUGCGCAGGAUUCUCCUCGCAGUCAUAAUGAACGAAGACAUACAAGCAUCUCUGGAAGUGUUCCACAGAAUAUCUAAGCCGCCAAAACUGCACAUGUUCAGAGAAAGCCUCAGAUUGUUCAUACAACACUUUUUGAUUAAGAAUGUUGGCAAGUCGAGCGGAGUGCUGACGGAAGACGAGAUGGCAACACUGAAGAUGAGAAGCGUGGAGGUCGACAAAGUGUUGCAGUCACACAAAGACUUGAGCCAUGCGUUCGUGUGACACUUUAUAGUCCAGGAGUUUUUGUAAGGUUAUAAGAGUUCUAUUAAAGUUGUUAAUACCAAGUACAA